AAAAAUGAUAUAUACAACUUUGAACAGAACUCGAUUGGUGCGUCAUUCGUAUCGUUUGUACUUCAAGAAUCAAAACUACUAUCGAGUAUCGAAUCUGGACGGACGCAUCGAAAAUGCCGAUCACAGACUUACGGAGGAUAUUUCAGUGUUUGCCAGCUCUGUAGCACAUUUGUAUAGCAGUUUGACAAAACCUUGCUUCGAUCUGAUGUUGAUUGGCUUGGCAUUAAUGCGCUCCUCCAGAAAGAUGAAAGCCAAUAUCUUAUCAGGCAAGUGCUAUAUCUCAUUUCUUUUUAUACCCCGAAUCCAUUAAAAACGUGAAAUGAAGGUAAUCGGUUUUGUUGAA